UUGAAGAUCCAGUCUGUCAUCUGGAGAAGAAGACAAUGAGAAGGAGAAGUCUAGCAGUGACCCUGGUCCCAUCAGUAGCCUCUCAGCAAUCUUUCUGCAUUGUAUUGGAUAAAACCUUUUGGAAGACACCAAGAAGAUGAAGAAGCUCUCAACCAAGUUCCCGGUACAUACAGCAUCUCCUUUGUGGAGUGAAAAGCAGGUGGUUGUUCUAGGGAUUCAGAACAUGAACACCUGCGUCACAAAAGUCACUCAAGUAGUUUCCAGUGACACACACAGACGGUUCUAAGUUUAUGUCAUCGACAGUAGUCUUUGAAUUAUAAUUUUGUCCCACACAUUUGUAAACAUGAUCAUAAAGUGGGCUAAUGUUAAGUCAGUAUGAGCAGAGGUACAAUGCAAGAGACAAACAUGUGUUUGGGCACACACUUGGCUUUACUCACUGUUUACUUCAACCUCACGAUGUGUGACGAGUGUCAGAGAAACACGAUCACGACAGCAGCCAUGAAUAGCACGAAUGCUUUCCAUAAUCAUGCUGGGGUCUGCCCUCGGCUAAUUUAGUACCGAGGGGGCAGAGAACAGCAGUGAGGCGUUUUAUUGCUCGAACGGGAGAUUCAUUUCUGGAUUAAAACACUCGUGUAUUGGAUCAUUCACAAUUAUGUCAGCGAACCAGACGCCUGGUCGAGACACCCAAAGAAAAGUGGCGAGCAACAGGAACAUCAAGAAGCUGCGGACAGCGAGCAUGGUGUGCAGCCUGGCAGGUCGCUGGCAGAAGUGGGUGACUGACAACAAGACCAGACAGGAAGCAGAGCCCAGCGGCUGGGCCCCAUCAUGGUUAGUAGGCGAGUCAGAAGAGGAGCCGAAAAAGACUUGGGCCCCUAAGAAGUCUCCUCUUACAGGAACACAAGUAGCUCAACAAAAAUGUGAACCAUCAACGGACACCUUAUUUGAAAAAGGGGUUGGACCAGAGCCACCAGUUGCUGUUGGCAUCAAGACAGUGCAGGUGGUGAAGACUGUAACUAGCACUGCUAAAGAAAAGAGUGCUGGUAUCGAAAUGUUAUCUGACAAGAUCACAAAAGAAGGUCUACCACCAAUUGAGGAGAUUGAUAGACUGCUUGCGAAGAAAUGUUCCCCGACACGGCGAAGAAAGUGCUCCAACAUGGUUUCAUCACUGACCAAAAGCUGGAAGCAGGUGGAGCGUGAAAAGGCACCAGUGAAAGCAGCUUUUCCAGGCCAGGAUCGGCUUGGUGUUGCUAUAGAUGGUCCAAAAAUCGGGGAGAAUUUUAAUUUAUCUGGCGUAACAUUGAAGACCACCUCAGAUGUGAACACAACAGAAGAGGCCAGCGAAUCAGCAGUGCAGAUCAAGAGACCUUCAGUACCAUCGUAUAAAAAAGAAGCGGAGGACGUCAACAGGAUCAAUAUGACCUCCAAGAAAUACAGUGCGGUUGGAAACUUGAAAAGCCGCUGGCAGAACUGGGCCUCGGAGCACACAGAAACCCAGAAACUUAACCCCUUCAGCGAGUACUUUGACUAUGACUACUCCAUGUCCCUCCGACUCCAGAAGGGGCAGGAUGGAUACGGACGACCGAAAGAGGGAAGUAAAACAGCAGAGAGAGCCAAACGGGCCGAGCAACACAUCCACCGGGAGAUCGCCGACAUGUGCUACGUGAUACGGACUAUGGCGGAUCCAGAUCCGGAUGGGAAAACCCGAGUCACAUUUGGAGAGCUGUUCGACAGAUAUGUUCGGAUAUCGGAUAAGGUGGUUGGGAUUUUAAUGAGAGCACGGAAGCAUGGGAAGGUGGCGUUUGAAGGAGAAAUGCUCUGGCAGGGGAGGGACGACGGUGUGAUUAUUACUUUGUUGGUGUGAUACCAGCGCAUCAAUCUUCCUGUUGCACUGGAACCCCUGAACUUAUACGGUCAUUGCUCCGUGAG